GAAACUCGUCACUCCUGUACUGCGCAGCUUGGAUUGACAUUCGACUGGGAAUAUCUGGAAUUUAUUCUUCGAAAAUCGAAUCCACGGAAGUAUGACUUAUUCAUUGCUUACAAAAAGACCUGUGCCUUCGCUCAGAGACUAUGAUAUCAACAGCAAGAGAGGAUUCCUCCCUGAGCAUGAUCCACUACUAAGCCUACAGCACCCAUACAAUUGUUGGGACGAUGCUGCAAGGCAACUUCCGGAUUAUAUAUUGGCUGGUUGCGCUCGCCGACAGCUGAACAAGCUUCCGCUACUACAUGCGACGAAUUUAACAACAGAUGCCGAGCUCCAGCGCGCCUAUUCACUGCUCAGCUUUCUAAACCACACCUACGUCUGGUGCGAAGGAGAGCUUAACCCGUGCCACGUUCUGCCUGCAAACUUGGCUGUUCCCUGGAUGGAGGUUUCGAAGUCCUUAGGCUGUAAACCGAUUCUUACUCACUCUUCCGUUGUAAUGUAUAACUGGAGAAGGUUGGACGCGGAGGGGCCAUUAGACCUAACAAAUCUUGCCGCGCUCAACACCUUUAAUGGGUGUAUGGAUGAGGCUUGGUUUUAUUUGGUUACAGUAGCCAUCGAGGCCUUGGGGGGACCUGCGUUGGAGGCCAUAACGGAUGCCAUGCAGGCGGUGAAUAACUUGAAUGCAAUGAUUGUAGCAGAACGAAUGAAUACGCUGGCAGAUCGUAUCGACCAAAUGACUGAGAUUAUAGUAAGAAUGUUUGAGAAGUGCGAUGCUAAGGUUUACUAUGAUGAUGUGCGGCCUUACUUCGGCGGAUGGCGAGGAAACCCCGUACUGCCAAAUGGGAUGGUUUACGAAGGUGUCAGUGAAACACCAUUCUAUUUCGCGGGUGGAAGUGCUGGACAGAGCUCUUUAAUACAGAGCAUCGAUAUAGCUCUGGGUGUACAUCAUAGCCCCACCAAUCAAUGUCCAAUGGGUGCGGAUUUUCUCGAAUCUCCACCAGUAACAGACGGUGAGUCUCCGAGCGAUGUAAAGCAAAUUCUUGCUGAGACACCCUCAGUGGACUCAGUUUGUACUUACAUCUCAACUGUUCGUGAGUAUAUGCCGAGGAAACAUCGCGAGUUUCUGGAGGCAUUGAUGGAGGCACCGAGCCUUCAUGGCUUCGUUCAAUCACCGCAUGGAUCCGCAGACGCUAAGCACGGCUACAAUCGCGCUGUGCUUGCACUAGAAAAUUUCAGGACAAAACACAUUAAGAUUGUAGCCACAUAUAUCAUAACGCCGGCGAGUAAACGUGCACCAUCCUUAGCAAGCUACAGGGGGACUGGAGGCUCGUCAAUUAUGCCGUUCCUUAAACAAGUACGCUCAGAGACGCGUGAACAGCUCGUGACAUCAAAUACGGAGCAUUCAUAAGCAUAUAUAUUCGAUUUUAAAUAAAUAAAAUUUCACACAA